AUGCAAGAAAUCAUUGAUCAAUUUGCUAUUGAUAAAGAAAAAUUAGAAAUUAUUGUUCAAAGAAUGAGUGAAGAAUUAACUAAUGGACUUCAAGAUAAACCAAGUACUCUUAAAAUGCUUCCAUCUUAUGCCCCUAUUCCUACUGGUAAAGAAGUUGGUACUUUUAUGGGUAUUGAUGUUGGUGGAACUAAUCUCAGAGUUUUAUUAUUAGAAAUUCCUGAACCUGGUGUUCGUGGAGAACUUAAAUCAGUUGAAUGUAUUAUGCCAAAAACAUCAACAACCAUAGACCAAUUCUUUGGAUUUAUUGCCCAAAAGAUUAAAGAGUUUGUUGAAAAUAACAAUUUAAAAGAAAAAGAAAUUAAAGCUGGAUUGACAUUUUCUUUUGCUGUUGAACAAAUUGCUAUAGAUAAAGGAAUUCAACAAUCCUGGUCAAAAGGAUGGGACAUUAAAGAAUCCAUUGGUAAAGAUAUUGUUGAAAUUUUCCAUAACCAACUUGCAAAAGUUAAUGUUAAAAAUAUUAGGAUAGUCGCAUUUAUCAAUGACACUGUAGGAACAUUUGCUAAUCUUGCAUAUGAUGAUGCAUCAUGUGGUAUGGGACUUAUUUUUGGUACAGGAACUAAUGGAUGUUAUAUUGAGAAAACAUCUAACUUUGCAUCUUCUAAAUUAAAAUCAGUAUGUAAGGAAGAUUAUAUGAUUGUUAACACAGAAUGGGGAGCAUUAGAUAUUCCAGAACUUGGAUAUAACAGAUUUGAUAAGAUGAUUGAUGAUGUUAGUGUCAACAAAGGAGAACACUAUUUUGAAAAGAUGAUUUCAGGUAUUUACAUGGGAUGGUUAGCAAGAUUAGCUAUUAGAGAAUUAAUUGAGAAAAAGGUUAUUUUUGAACGAUAUGCUAAUGCUGAUGUUUUUUCUAAUUCACCAGAUGAUACUGACUGUGAUCACUCAAAGAAAUAUACUUCAAGACAUACUGGUAUUGUUGAAGAUACUACUCCUGAAUUGAUUCUUGUUGAUGAAAUGCUUAAAUCACUUGGAGUUAAUGACUCUACUUUAGAAGAAAGAAAGAUCCUUAAGAAUAUAACUGAAGCAGUUGUUAAAAGAGCUGCCUAUCUUGCAGCAGCAGCAACUGUAUGUUUAUAUCGUAAAAUGGUUCCAUAUAUGAAAGAAAGAACUACUGCUGGAGUUGAUGGUUCAGUCUUUGAGAAAUCCGUUCCAUUUAAGAAAUUCUAUCUUGAAGCACUUGACCUUUUACAACCUGUUGAAAAGGUUACUUGUCAGUUAUCUAAAGAUGGAUCUGGACUUGGUGCUGUCAUUGUUGCUGCUGCUGUUGCAUGCAAACAAUAA